UCUGUAACCACACAGACAGCCGCGCCCCUUUCACGACUUCUUCCAUUCUUCCCCCGCAAAACUCCCAUAUCAACCGCAAAUCUGGUCCUCGGGAUCCCUGCAUCCCGACCGUCCCGUGCCUCGCCAAUACUCCGGACAGCCUCCUCUCUCUUCUCUUCUCUGUCCCGUUCCGUUCUGUUCUCUCUCUCUUACCCUCUCUCCCGGCCAGCCGAGCCAGACUCAUCCAGCAAGAGGCUCAAUGGUUUCGGUAAGCGGGUAACAGGGGGCAGACAACCACUCUGUCCCAAGACUUUACGCGCUCCCCCCCCCCCCCCCCCCCCCCCCCCCCCGCCCCCCCCCCCCCCCCCCACCACAAAGGGGCCAAAGGUUUCGGGAAGGGGGGAAAAGGGGGGAAAAAACCCCCCCGUCCCAAAACUUUUCCCCCCCCCCCCCCCCCCCCCCUUAGCCUAA